ACAUAAGAAGGUAUGAUAUUUCUUAUAUCUAUAGUCCUUCUAAAAACUAUUUAAAGCUAUAUCUCUUACUUUUUAUUUUUAUGUAAUUCAAACUUCACGUCUCAAUACACUGCUCUAAGAACGUCAAUAUCCAUAUUUAUAUACACCGAAUCUUUCUCCAGCAGCAUACUUCUCAUCACCUAAUACUUUCCAACAGCCAUAUACUGCUCCAAGACUCUCAGCAUGAAGCUUUCAAUCUACAUGGUUUUUGCUGUAGUAGCCGCUGUUGCUACAGCCAAAAGCUGCUCAACCCCAGAUGGACCAGGAGAGUGUCUUGAAAACGAUUUUUGCCAGGUUACUCUGGUUAGAUACAGUGGAUCCUGCCCUGAUAGCGCAGAAUGUUCAACCUCAGAUGGAAUAGGAAGUUGUAGUGGAGCAGGUUCUGUUUGCCUUGUUAACAAAGGUUCCCCUAGUAAUGACUGCGUAAACGGUGUCUAGUGAAAGGAUAUUAGUGCCCUGGGUCAAUAGGAGGGAUGCCAGGGAUAGAUUCAGGCAAUUAGUCAGCUAGACUUUAGUAAUACCUUAGGUACUAGACAUACAUAUAAAAGCAUCCAAGCUAGAACACC